UUCAGUUUUCCCAGCACGCUUCAGAGUGACGUCACGGCGAUGGACCUUCCCCAAACACAUGAGGUAUUCACGGUCGUCGGGUAUUCAAAAUUCCCCCCAUUUGACUGGGCCAACUUGAGUAUAGAGCGGCCUCGCUGUCUUUGUAACCAAUUCUGGUGUUUCGUUCGUCAUAUAACGGGGUGUACAAAUUGUGUGAUGUAAUAUUUAAAAACAUCAAUAGACAUGCGCAUUUGGUGUGUUCCGUUCGCAGUUUAGCUUGAAUGUGAAGGAACAAUAACUAAAUCAUAAGUCCCAACUUGUUCUUAUCACGUACUGCGCAUGUUUCUGGCUCGGCAGUUAACCGUGGUCGUUUUUCCGAUUGUUCCUAAAUGCAGCAGCAGGAGCUCAUCUGUUGGACAGUGAAACUAAUCAGAAGCCAAGUGAAGUCUUUUCAGCACUGCUAACAACAACAACAAGGCUAGGAAGGCUCGUCAAGUCAACUGUGCAGCCAAGCCAGGAAUUCGAGGCUAUUUCCCCCGCGUCACAGCGCCAAACAAUUGCGCUAUGCUUUAGAAACAAGGUUUACUGCUUCGAGACGAAGAAGGCGAACAGCCUCCGGACGGACGUCAAGCCGAAGCUCGCGGCUAGCUCGCGCGCGUUAGCCGGGGGAAGGAGUGUGCGAGUGUCGGCAAGAAAAUGGAGUUGGACGACGUCGUCCUCUACCAGGACGACUCCCCCAACUCGACCGCGAUGUCCGAGCGGGUCUCGGGUCUGGCCGGCUCCAUAUACCGAGAGUUCGAGCGGCUCAUCGCCAAGUACGACGAGGACGCGGUGAAGGAACUGAUGCCGCUCGUCGUCGCCGUGCUGGAGAACUUGGACUCUGUGCUGGCUGUCAACCAGGAGCACGAAGUGGAGCUCGAGCUGCUCAAGGAGGACAACGAGCAACUCGUCACGCAGUACGAACGGGAGAAGUCGCUGCGAAAGCAUGUCGAAGAGAGGUACAUUGCAAAUGAAGACUCCUUGGAUGGCGAGAGGAAGGAUCUCCAAGGUCAAGUGGCGACCCUGGAGUCACACACUCGUCAGCUGGAACUAAAAAUGAGAAACUAUGCAGAUCAAAUCAUCAGGUUUGAGGAGAGAGAAGCGGAGCUCAAGAAGGAGUACAAUGCUCUCCACCAGAGACACACUGAGAUGAUCCACAGCUACAUGGAGCACUUGGAGCGAACCAAACACCAGCAUGCAGUGACAGCGGAGCCUUCAGAUACGGGCACGGGCACGGGCACCUCUGCCAGAAUGCGGAAGGAGCGUCCCAUCUCCAUGGGCAUCUUUCAGGUCCCAGGGAUUGAUGGCGUGAGCACUGACCUCCAGAGGGACCCCGUGGAUGUCCAGUCUGAAGCUUGGAGAUUCAAUAACCUCAGCCAUCCAAUGUCCAACACCAGUCUCAAGGAUGAACUGGCCAACACCAGCCGCGAAGGAUUGAAAUCGAACACUCCAACCAAGCAGGGAGGUGUCUCCAAACAUGCUCCAUCAUCGUCACAAGGAGGAACAUCUCACACCCCAGUGUCUCACAUAUGUAGCUUGAAAACAAACACCACCUCAUCUGCGAAAAGUGGUGAUUGUCAAACGUCUGCUCCACCAUCGCCUCGUGGCACGGCGUGUAGCGAUACGAGCGCAUCAUCCAGCCGAGCGAGCGUUUCUGGAUCUCCCGUUGCCUCGGCUGUUGCACUGGAAUCUGUCGGCGCGCCUCGGGAACAAGGUGGCCUCAAUAAGAAUUUGGACUACAACGCUGGCAAACCCAACAACAGUAAGAGCAUUUCAACUGGGCAGGGUCAACUCGCACAGGAGAAUCAAGAGCCCGCAAGUGCGCUUCUCAACGAUGGCAAAAACAACCUGGAAAAGUCUGAGGUGUUGGCGAUUAUAGAGUCCACUCCUGAGUUGGACAUGGACCUUGAUGGCUGCCAAGGAACAAGCACACCCGCUAAAGGUGGCAUAGAGAAUCUAGCAUUUGACCGGAACACAGACUCUCUGUUUGAAGAGCUGUCCUCUGCAGGAACUGACUACAUAGGAGAUGUUGAUGAAGGAGCAGACCUUUUAGGUAUGGGCCGUGAAGUUGAACAUCUUAUUCAGGAGAAUGCACAACUUCUGGAGACAAAAAAUGCCCUAAAUGUGGUAAAGAAUGACCUGAUUGCGCGAAUGGAUGAGCUGUCCUGCGAGAAGGAGGUCCUACAAGGGGAGCUUGAAGCCGUCACUAAGGCCAAGAACAGAUUAGAGGAGAAGAACAAAGAUUUAGAAGACGAAUUGAAGAAAGUUCGAGCUGAACUUGGGGACAGCAAACACAAGUCUAAGACCGAGAAUGAGGAUGAUAGUGACGUGCCCACAGCACAGAGGAAACGUUUCACCAGGGUGGAAAUGGCCAGAGUCCUGAUGGAGAGGAACCAGUAUAAGGAGAGGCUGAUGGAGCUGCAAGAGGCUGUCAGAUGGACAGAGAUGAUUCGGGCAUCAAAGGAAAACCCAGCACUUCCAGAGAAGAAGAAAUCCAGCCUCUGGCAGUUUUUCAGCCGUUUGUUCAGUUCGUCGGGCGGCGCAUCUAAGAAGCCUGCUGUCGAAGCCCCAGUCAACGUGAAGUACAAUGCGCCCACCUCGCAGAUUCAACCUUCUGUCAAGAAGAGGAGCAGCACCUUGCAGCAGUUGCCCAGUGACAAGAGCAAAGCCUUUGAUUUUCUCAAUGAGGAAUUGGCAGUGGAUAGCAUAGUGUCCAGGCGAGAACAGAAGCGGGCACAGUACCAGCAGGUUAAAGCGCAUGUCCAGAGAGAGGAAGAGGGCAGAGUGCAGGCUUAUGGCUGGAGCUUGCCCAAGAAGCACAAAAGCAACGGCGGUCAGGAGAAGAUACAGGACCUACCAGUUCCGGUCUUCCUUAGACCUCUGGAUGAGAGAGAUGCCUCGAUGAAGCUGUGGUGUGCUGCCGGUGUGCACUUAUCCGGAGGUAAAACCAGAGAUGGGGGUUCCAUCGUCGGAGCCAGCGUGUUCUACAGCAGCGUGUCAGGACCGGAGAGUCCCGAAAAGAAAGUAGGAUCUCAAAGCAGCCUAGAAAAACUGGAUCAAGAACUAAAGGAACAGCAGAAGGAACUACGACAACAGGAUGAGUUGUCAUCGCUGGUGUGGAUUUGUACCAGCACUCAGUCGACUACUAAAGCUGUCGUCAUUGAUGCCAACCAACCCGGAAUCAUCCUGGACAGCUUCUUUGUGUGUAAUGCACAUGUCCUCUGCAUCACUAGUGUACCAGGCGCAAGAGAGACGGACUAUCCAGCAGGUGAGGAACUAACCCAGAGUUCAGAGUCUGCACCGGUCGAAAAGGCCCGUUCGUGCGACGGCGGUAGCGGCGCGGCAGGCGGUGACGGCGUGCUCGGAGGCAUUACUGUCGUAGGCUGUACAGCUGAGGGAGCAACAGCCGUCCCUCGGACAGCAGAAAAUGGAGGGACGGAGGCCACUGAGGAGAGUGGAGGGUCUUCAUGUCAGAGAGGAGUAUACAGUGAACAUGUCUUCACUGAUCCUUUGGGGCUGCAGCAGACAAUAGAGACUUCCGCCAACUCCUCUCAAAGAGAGUGUGACCUGGUGAAAGAUGGCAUGAGUUCAAACUCCACUGCUGAGGAGCAGGAUCUGAUGAGAGAAGAGGCUCAGAAGAUGAGCAGCGUCCUGCCCACGAUGUGGCUCGGAGCGCAGAACGGGUGUGUGUAUGUCCACUCGUCUGCGGCACAGUGGAAGAAGUGUCUCCAUUCUGUAAAGCUGAAAGACUCCGUACUCGGCAUAGUGCACGUGAAAGGGCGCGUCCUGGUCGGCCUUUCUGAUGGCACGUUAGCCGUCUUCCACCGUGGAGUUGAUGGACAGUGGGAUCUGACCAACUACCAUCUACUUGACUUGGGAAAACCUCACCACUCCAUCCGCUGCAUGACUGUGGUACAUGACAAGGUGUGGUGUGGUUUCAGGAACAAGAUCUACGUGGUGCAGCCCAAAGCCAUGGAGAUAGAGAACACGAUUAGAAUCAUGUUGAUGAUGAUCCAUGUUAAUGUCGCCCUGCAGAAGUCAUUUGACGCACACCCCCGUAAGGAGAGCCAGGUGCGUCAGUUGGCUUGGGACGGUGACGGCAUCUGGGUGUCCAUCAGGCUGGACUCCACGCUCAGGCUCUUCCACGCCCACACUUUCCAGCACCUACAGGAUGUGGACAUUGAGCCUUAUGUCAGCAAGAUGUUGGGUACGGGGAAACUGGGCUUUUCGUUUGUGCGGAUCACGGCUCUCAUGGUGUCGUGUAAUCGGCUGUGGAUCGGUACCGGCAACGGAGUCAUCGUUUCGAUCCCUCUCUCAGAGACAGCUAACAAGCACACCAAGGGAGCGGAUAACCGUCCUGGGAAUGUGAUUCGCGUUUACGGUGAUGAGAGCAGUGGCAAAGUAGCGGCAGGGACAUUUGUGCCAUACUGCUCCAUGGCUCAUGCCCAGCUCUGUUUCCAUGGACAUCGUGACGCCGUUCAGUUCUUCACUGCCGUCCCAGGUCACGCGCUUCCAUCUGCAUCCAGCUGUGCAGAUGCAUCAGGGGACAAGACGUCAGAUGCCACAUCUCCGGAUGGAACCAAGUCCAUGUUGGUGAUGAGUGGAGGAGAAGGCUACAUUGACUUCAGGAUGGGAGACGAGGAGGGCGAAGCGGCCGAAGGCGAGGACGCGCCAAGGAAACUGAAGUCCCCCCCGUCUAUCGCCGAGCGCAGCCACCUCAUCGUCUGGCAGGUCCUGGACAACGAGUAAUGACCUCUGACCUCGGAACCCUCAGGCCUGCCUCAAGCACUUUGUUUUCAAAACCAAACAAUAAGACGUCGUUGUUUCUUGUAUGUUCAGUUGUCGGACCCGACUGUUUUUCAGUGAAUACAAAAAUGUGAUUUAUUUAUUCGGCACAUCGAUUUUACUGCUCAGUCAUAAACCCAUGCGUAAGCCAGUAAAUCAUGUUGUCGAGUUAUGGUUUAAUGCAAGUCGUGCAAGCUGUUUAUCGAUGAAAUAAUGGACGGGCAAUAAUGUAAAGCAAGACGAAACAAACCUGACAAACUCAAUGGGAACACUUUUGAUUGUUUUCAAGUCCCAAAGCGCAAUUGAGUGUCUUUCAACACCCGCAAUCUCCCCAGUCUUGGGCAGGGAUUAUUAUUAUCAUCACGAUUAUCGAAAUAGCUCUUUGAAUAUGCGACCACAGUACAGGCAGCCCCGUUUUGCGCCUUUUGUGUGACAUUGUAAUCACCGCAUCUUCUGACAAAUGAGCGUGGGUGUUUUCCAUGAACGGCUGCGCUGAGGACUCGUCGCACCGAUGACGUGACAAACGUCGCGCGGCUUGGACUCGGUGGAUCGAUCGCUGUGGACGAUCGAAAGAGAACGUCGUCGCGCGGUGGCGCGUGCGUUUCCAAAUCCUCGGCAGGGGGGAGGUGAUGGAGAUGUGCUCGCAAAGGAGCAUGAAAUAGAACGAUGCAUGAUCAGCAAUAUUAUUGGAUGCUUUUACCAAUAUUACACACAACUUUAUGUUCUGGGUUGUUUACCAGCAAAAAAGACAAAUUAUUCUUUUUAUGAAACAUUUUUUGAUAUGAUGGAAAGAUUGUGAAUUUUUGUCUGACAACUCAGCUUUGACACUAAUGCAUGAGAAACAUCAUGGCUUUACAGUGACAUAUAUUAUAAAUAUAUAUAUAUAUAUAUAUUUUAUUUGACAGAGUUAACCUAAGAAAUGCCAUAGCAGAUUGUAUCGCUUUUCCUUCAUUGAACUCGUUUGCCAGGCUGAGACUUUUCAAAACAUUUAAACCGUUAAAAGAAUGUCAUUAAUGCUACCAAAGGUUUAUUAAUCAAAGCUCGCCACAUGCCCAAUUAACAACUGCCUCUGCUCAGAACGUGGCGCCUUUUCGUAACAAAAGGCGGCCUCUUAUGCAAACGUGCAUAUUUUUGUGUGAGAGAAAUCUUUGUAAAUGUAAAUAAGAUGUAUUUUUAGUGUUAUGUUUGGAAAAUGAGGCGGAAUAUUUUCAUAGUGAGAGAGAAGACACAACUAUUGUGUGGUUCCACCUCAGCAUUUGCAGGUUUUGACAGCAAUAUAAACAUUUCUGCACAAAAUAUUUGCUUUGAUUUGAAUGAACCUUUUAAUGUCUUCUUUUGUGGUGGCGGUCUAAUAACAGCCAAACUGUUUUCUGGCCUCUGUACCGCAACACUGCAAUGGUUUGUGUGUGUGUGUGUGUGUGUGUGUUCCCUUUUUUCUGUAUUUUCCAGCAUAAGCUGUGGUCUGAAGGUCCGUUCCCAGCGUGCGUCUGCGCUUGUGUGUAUGCGUUCUCCUCGAGAUAAGACAAAUGCAAUCACCGUUUAGCCAUUGCAGUAUUUGUUUCAAUGAUUGAGCCUUUGCAAUUCAGACUGUAUGUUUGUACCUUAGAUAUAAAUUAUGUAGGAUGUAUGACACAUGGCAAUGGUUUGGUUCAUUGGCCGUUGAAAAUUAGUAAGGGGGGGGGGGCGACUUGACUGACGCUACGCACAAUAUCUGCAGGGAGAGAAGUGAACUGUGUUUCUAAAAAUGGGCAAAACGUCAAAGAAUUUGGGAUACUGUGCACAAUGUCUGCACGCUCUUCUCCCAGCUCGAAGCUGCAAAAUGAUUGUCAGACGCUUGACGGGGAGUGUUCCGAGUUAGCGGUGCGCUUCCUCCAUCUCGCGCUUGUUAACAAUCCAUUAAAGAGUUUCAUUUGA